UAUCGGCUCCUUUUUUUUCCCUCCAUAACAUAAACCCUAAGUCUAAACCACAAGAACCAUGCAAAAGAUCAAGAUACUCUUCUUCGUUCUCUCCCUCUCUCUCAUCUUCAUCGCCGUCGCCGGCCAUGGAGGCGGCGAAGAUCGGUGCGAAUGCUCUCACGACCGCGACGGAGAGAACAAAUCCGGUGCCCGGAAGUACAAGAUCGCCGCCAUACCCUCCGUCCUCGUCGCCGGAAUCAUCGGAGUUCUUUUCCCUCUGCUCGGAAACGUCUUCCCGUCCCUGCGUCCGGAGACACCAUUCUUCUUCGUCACAAGAGCCUUCGCCGCCGGAGUCAUUCUCUCCACAGGAUUCCUCCACGUCCUGCCGGAGGCCUUCGAGAUGCUGACGUCACCUUGCCUGAGCGAGCAUCCGUGGGAGUUUCCGUUCACCGGAUUCAUCGCCAUGAUGGCCGCAAUCUUUACCCUCUCCGUCGACGCCUUCGCCACGUCGUAUAUUCAGAAAUCCCAUUUCAAGAAUCAGAGGAUCAGUAGCGAAGGAGAAGGCAAGGAAGGCGGGGGAGAGCUCGGGCUUCACGUCCACGCUCGCGCCCAUUCCCAGGACGGCCACACGGCGGCGGAAUCCGGCGUCGGGUCUGCCGUCGAGUCAAAGACCCAGCUCCUCCGGAGUCGAGUCAUUGCACAGGUGCUGGAGCUGGGAAUAAUUGUACACUCAGUAGUGAUAGGAAUAUCACUGGGAGCAUCUCAGGACCCCGACACGGCCAAGACUUUGUUCGCUGCCUUAAUGUUUCAUCAAUGCUUUGAAGGUCUUGGCCUCGGCGGUUGCAUCACUCAGGGGAAAUUCAAAUGGAUGGCUGCUAUGACAAUGGCGAUGAUUUUCUCGGUGACGACGCCAAUAGGGAUAGCCGUCGGGAUGGGGAUCUCGAGUUCGUACGAUGAAUCGAGUCCAACGGCUCUGAUCGUCCAAGGUGUCCUGAACGCCGCGUCCUCGGGCAUUCUCAUCUACAUGUCUCUGGUGGACCUUCUCGCAGCAGAUUUCAUGCACCCGAAGGUGCAAUCCAAUUCUGGGCUUCAAAUCAUGGCCCAUAUCUCCCUCCUCCUCGGUGCCGGCAUUAUGUCUCUCCUGGCUAAAUGGGCCUAAAAAGCCCAUUUAACCCUUGAAGAUUCCAAGUCAUGUUUUCAAUUCUCGAUAUUUUAGAUAUUUCAAGUAACGAGUUGCAUGUAAAAUUUCAUACAUAUAUACAUAUAUAUAUAU